UGAUUCCUUCCCUCCAUGGCAGUCCCAUCAUCAGCCGGAUUCGGAUUUAGCGCGUGGCUGCGAGACCAACACGCCGCCGCCUCCGUGGCGUCCUCCCGCCUUACCUUUUUAGGGUUUUGGGCCUUCAUCUUCCAGCUAGGGUUUAACUGCAGAUGUUGGGAUUGUGGAGGAGAAGGGAAGCUGCUGCUUCUGCUGCCGCGGCUUUGUGGAAGUGUAGAACCGUUUACACGGCUAAGGAAUGCAGAGCGGUAGUGCUGCCGCGGUUCGGUGGGCCGGGGGUAUUGGAGCUUCGCUCGUCUGUUCCAGUCCCCGAUCUCAAGCCGCAGGAAGUGCUUGUGCGCGCCCAUGCCGUAUCUAUCAAUCCUCUGGAUCUCCGGGUGAGAUCAGGGUAUGGUCGGUCAAUAUUUGAGCCCCUUUUGCCCCUAAUUUUGGGUCGUGAUGUUAGCGGUGAAGUUAUAGCCACAGGAGCUUCGGUCUCAUCACUGUCCAUUGGGCAAGAAGUUUUUGGUGCCCUGCAUCCAACGGCUGUGAGAGGCACUUAUGCGGAUUAUGCCAUUCUAUUAGAAGAUGAGUUAUCUGUGAAACCAUCUUCAGUAUCUCAUGUGGAAGCAAGUGCUGUUCCUUUUGCUGCUUUAACAGCAUGGCGAGCCUUGAAAUGCACUGCUAGAAUUUCUAAGGGCCAUAGAUUGUUGGUAUUAGGUGGAGGCGGGGCUGUUGGAUUAGCUGCAAUUCAACUUGCUGUAGCUGUCGGUUGCAGUGUGUCAACUCUCUGUGGAAGUAAGAGUAUUGAACGUGUAAUGUCAGUUGGCGCUGAGGAGGCUAUUGAUUAUAGAACUGAGGAUGUUCAGUCAACAAUCAGAGGGCAAUUUGAUGCUGUUUUGGAUACCAUAGGGAUGCCUGAAACUGAAAGAAUCGGUGUAAAUAUUUUGAAAAAAGGCGGGCAUUAUAUGACUCUGCAGGGAGAAGCAGCAUCUUUUGCUGAUAAAUAUGGUUUAGCUUUUGGUCUUCCUGCUGCUACAGCUAUUCUGCUGAAGAAGAAGCUUCAAUACAAAUAUUCUCAUGGAAUUGAGUAUAGCUGGACAUACAUGAGAGCUGAUGCUGAAGGGCUGGAUGAAAUUGGGAGACUGUUAGAGGCUGGGAAGAUGAAAAUACCUGUGGAGAAGACAUUCCCUAUUGCGGAGGUGAGGCAGGCUCAUGAAGCAAAAGAGAAAAGGCUUAUACAUGGUAAGGUAGUUCUGGAGCUUUACUGAUUAAAGUUUUCCUGCUUGGAAUCAUAGAUUUUUAUGUAUAAAUCAUGCAAUUUUUUUUUCUUCAUAUUAAUUGUAAUUUGCUCUUCUUUUUGGUGAUGAAUAAAUUAGUUGCAUAAAUGCCCCCCUUAACUUUUAGUUUUUCAUAA